GUCCCUGACUUGUGCAGCUUUGAAAGCACACAGUGUGCUAGUGCUACUGCUGUCCGCCAGUGGUGGUCUACCCUCCUCUGCCACUUCUGCACGGCUCUGGGUCGUAUUUUGCCCUUCAGCCUGUCGUUUGUCAGCACCUGGUUGCCUUCAGACAAGGACGGUGAGAAACCUUUAACCUGUGUUCUCUAUAUGUCCAAAUUAAGUUUUGCGACUUUGAAAUCGCUUAUUAAACGUGUACCGUUAAGCUAGCUGCAGCUUGUAGGUGUGCUUAUGUGUUAAAGAAACCUCUCUUGUGUGUCAAAAAAUGACUUUCUUGUGUAGCACACACGUGUAACAUACCAUGACAUCCAACGAGCUAUAUGUCUGAUUAUUAAUUUAAUAUGAUAGCAUAGCUAGGUUUUCUUAUCUUUUGGAGCAAUUUAAUUUUGGAAACACGAAACAUGAUAGCAAUAACUUAUACUGCAACUCUCCAAUUUUAACAAAUUAAAUUGAUCUUUUAAGCUUCAUUUCUAAUCAUAUCAAACAUCAUAAAUCAACAUGGUUUUAUUUUGAUAAGUCAAGACGGAAGUUAGUUCCGGAUUCUUUACACUUGACGUUUUCAGUGUCGCUUUCAGCCCGCAUGGUUCCUUAUCAGCUCCCAAAAACUUGAAAAAUAGACUUGAACGUUACUCUCUCUGAUAAAUGAGUGUGUUGCUCGUAGUUUAAUAUCCUGUAAACGUUAAAAGAGCAGUGCAGCAGCGGUGUGUUUCCUUACUAAAAGCUGAAGGACGUUUCACGCCCCUUUGUCCACCACGUGGGUUAUGUAAGUUGCAUUGUGUCAUGUAUGAUGCAGGUACAAAACGUACUAUAUGUAAGAUUGACAUGUCUUGAGGUUAUCUGCCUUUGAGCUUGCAGUUAACAGCCAUGCAGAUCCAGAGACACCUAAAAUGAUUCUAAGCUAUCAGUCUCAGCCUCAGAGCCUCUCUGCCAGAUGGGCAAGUGAGCCCUGACCACCUGACACAGUAUGACAUUAAGCCACCAUACCUCUGAUGUAACUGAGUGUAAUGUUUGUUUAAUAUCACAGCUGUUUUCCUGUUUGACAACAGAUUACAGCAUGACUUUUGAUUUAGACACCCACAUGCGACUGUUUUCUCCUAGAAAUGACUAAUUCAGCCAUUACACUCCUUUGAGGAUCAAUAUCAGCUUACACUCAACCUGCUGAUGGAUAGGAAAAUAUUUGAUGUUUACUGAUUGCUGCAGCACGUAUGUGACAAUUGCACUGUAAAAUGUAUAACACUGAAACAUUGACUCAUAUGAGCCAUGAUUGACUAUAAAUGGAGUGGUCAAAAUCAAGAUUUUCCUUUAUUCUAAUACUUAAAAGAGCUUCAGCCAACAUCAGAGCUGACAAUCUUUAUAAAAUCAAGUAACUAAUUCAAACUGAACAUCUACGGAGUAAUGAACUCAAGCUCUUGAAGCAGCAGGAUAAUAACCGACUCUAAUGACACAAACCGUGCUUAAAAUGUAUUUGAUGUGUAUUUUAAAUGUAUAGUUUGACCCAUGUUCAAUGUGUUAACAUAAGCUACAAAUAAUUGUCUUGGAGUCCGUGAACACUUCUGGCCUCCAUUUAAAUAUACAGUCUUUGGGGGGGAGCUUGGACAAUAUUUAACCUCCUGGCAAAGAGCUACAAAGCUAGAAACAGGAGGUGUGCCCCAGAUCGCAUACUUCCAUACUAAAUACUAAAUUGAGUAUGUUAAGCAUACUAUGUACUCAAUCAUGCAGUGCGUGAGUUUCAAGGGUGCAGUGCUGUCCCAAAUCACAAACUGCCGCGUGCGCACUCACCGGAAAUUACAGACGAACAAAAACUAAAGAAAUAAUGACAUGAUAUGCUGCAGACAAACCCCCAUGGCUGACUCUGCCUCUAUUCACAGGCUAGCUAGCCUCGCUGGUUGUAUAGUCCAUGAACAGGCUCUGCUGGCCCACUGGUUAUUUUUUAUUUGCCAUGGGUAAUGCUGCGGAGCCUGGCAGCUACUAUCUAACUACCAUUAGCAUUCGCAAUACUGUUAGCGGUAAAAGACAAAAAACGGUUUACACCACAAAUGUACUCGAAACGAUAAAUGCUGGCGGUCCCAGGUCGACCAUCGCCGACGCACUGACACCACAGCCGUCCGCAGCCAUUCUUACCGUUGAAAUGAGUGCAGGCGAGUGUCCACAGUCGGAUACUCAAAAUCUUGACCGGUUUGAGUAUGUCAUCUGGGUUCUUUUGCAUACUUAAUUUUCACAUACUAUCCAUACUUUUUUCCAUUUUGAUUUGAGUAUACUCAACAUUUAAGUAUUUAGUAUGGAAGUAUGCGAUUUGGGACACACCAAGGGCCUUGAAGUUGCAUCUUGUUGCUUUGCGCUGCAUUGCUCAUGGGUAUUAAAGACACUCAAAAAGGCAACAAUGGAUCCAGCUGAUUUCAGCUUACGUCUCAUCCUAUGGAACACACUUGUUUUUGCCAUAUUGAUUGAAUUAGCCAAUAAACCCUGUGUUUUAGCUUACUGUAAGGUUUAAUCAUAAGGGCUGGAUAACAGCCUUGUUUAUGUUUGUGGUAGUUCAUUGUUUUUUUCUUUUUUUAAAAAUCAGGCUCAAACUUUUUUUUUGCCUCUUUUCUAACUUGCACAGAUGAAUUCAAACAGUAUUUAUGUUUUAAGAAAUGGUUGUAUUUAGUAUUGAAAAUGUCUUAUUUCUGAGUUUUUGAUCGGAAGACAUGAAACAAGGCUUCUGAAGUACUUGUCAUAAUGAGUUAUGUUUUUUUUUUAUCUUUAUGAUCUGGUCGAGACAUGUUCUUUUUUUAUGUAAAACACAGAUCCUGAUUUUCUAAACCUCUACAUCUGGAAAUUGUUAUUUUCCUCCUCAUUCUGUGUGUUUUUUCUCAGGUGAGACGUCCAGCUUUAACUGUAAGAACGUAUGUGCCUGAGAGUCUGACACACGUCUGUUCGAUGGCUACCUCAGGCUCCACCUUCUCUGCCUCCACCACCACCACUGUGCCUGAGGGUUUUCAUUAUGAAACCAAGUUUAUUGUGCUCAACUACCUGGGACUGCUGCCCGUUGGCAGAUCACAAACCACAACUCAAGGUGAGAGGAAAUGUUUCAAACAAAGACUGUAUUUCUUUAAGAUCCAGAGUAAACUGCUAUGAGGUAUUGCUUCAUAUGAAUUUAUCCUGAGGUGACACACUCCUUAUUACUGCAGUUCAGCUUCUGCCAAGGGCACUCAGUUUCUGUGCUCUUCACUCUGUCUUCAGUGUGGGACACAUAUGUCAGGGCAGACGUCACACUCAGGCUUUCACACAGCACACAAAUAGAGUUGUGUGCACAUGCAAGCAUGGCAGUUAAAGCAAAAAUAUUCAGGGUGUGUGUUUGCAGGUUGCCACCUGUUCUUGAACUCAGUGUAGCUGUCUCCACAUCAGCACCCAAACACAUCCAGAGGCUUUUUCAUAUUGAAACGUGACACUUUAUGACUGUAAACAAAUAGAAAUCAUGUGAGCCCAGAUUCUGUCAGUGUGGUGUCCAGAGCAGCUCCAGGCACCCGGAUGUCUGUUUUCCAUUUUGUGUAUCUGCAAGGCAAUGAAAGUCAGUCAUGUGCACAGCCCUAAUCUCCACACUCACAGACUUUGGGAAAGCAUUGAACACUCACUCAGCAAGGAUGAACCUCAAUGUCAGAUCAUCAAGUGUGUAAAGGCUCUGAUAUUGACUUUAAGACUCCAAAUUACACUCUAAAUGUGAUUCUGUAUUUCUAAAGAACAAGUGUUCCUCCUGUGGCAAGUUGUGUCACUUAAAAGGAAGAUUUAAAAGCAACAACAAUAACUUGCUGUGAUUUGGAAGUCCAGUUUCAGCAUUGUACACAGACCCAGUUGCCAGUCUGCACAGGGAUCAACAUCCACUACUGUUGCCACAUUGGUGUUUACUACAGUCCUGUGAAAAAAGGAAAGUUAACCAGACACAGGCUCUAUGAGGGCAGUAAUAUCAGGUCUUGAGCAUUUCCAUCACGUCAACCACUACAGACGGGCUACAAAACUUAGGAAACAAAUGAGUGACAACACCAGAACUACAUUCAUGUUUUGUACAGUCCAUGCUCUCUACAUUAGUGGACCUCUGGCACAGACACUGGCACUCACCAAAUGUCCUGUGUUUCGCAAGAAUGAGACAGACUCAUUUAGAUGUUGGUGUUGAAACCUUGCCCUCAGUCAGGCCUGGUAAAAAAAUGUGCUGCUGACUAACUCUGCUAACUCUCACUUGGUAGGUUUGUAGAGUUGUUGGCGUUUUUCUUGAAAUACCGUUUCAAAUUGCCUUCCGUCAGCAAGGCCACUCUUUUACUGCAGAGACAGACUGUGAAUUUAAGUGGGGAAAAAAAGAAAUUCCCCUUUAAAAUUGGGCAUAGUUUUAUUUAUGAUGAUCAUAAAAACAUGAAAUUGGAUAAAGUGCACCUCUCCCUCUGUGCCUUCACAGCAGAGUGUGUGCUCUGCCCCUCUCCUCGAACAGUUAUCAUUUCCCUACAUCUCAAGCUCAGAUCAGUGUGUAGCCCAACAACUUUAAGAGUGUGAGGAAGUUGCUGAUGCAGCUGAUGUCAAUGAAAGAGUUUUUUUUUUUUAAACUACACGCAUCUAAAGAUCUCUGUAUCAAAUCAAAAUAAUUGGAAUUGGGAUUAUUGCCAUAAUCUAGCAGCCCAAUCCCCUUCCCACAUUAGGUCAAUGUAACAUGCUCCACUACUGUUGCAUCAGCCGCUACAGUUCUUUAAGAGUGUAGUUAUAGCUAAUCGAUUAUUGACAGAUAUCGAUGACUACUGCAGAGCCCCCUUGAGAGAUGAAUGUUGAGGAGGACCGCUUGCUUUUUUAGUUAAACCAACUUUAGUAAUGACCGCAGGAUAGCAAUACACAGCAGUCUGAGGAGCCACACACAGUCAACCAAAAAGCCAUUUUAUAGCCACAAAUAAUGCUCAGAAGAGUACCUAACUUCAUCAACAGUACAUAUAGGGUCCUAGCCAUAGUACUAACCAUCAGACAUCUUUUUAGCUUUGCCUAUUUCUUUAGCAAAGAGACUAAACACAACUCACCUACUCUCUUCCAGCAGCCGCUUGUUUGUAGCAAGACCUCGACCAGUCAAUGUUAGGCUGAGGCGGGGUGACGCAGCUCAAGGAAGAAUAUUUGUGAUCAUUACUUUAUCAUUUCCUUGAAGUAAUGAUCAUCAUAUUAAUCAUUUUGCACUGCAGACGCGGUAGUUCUUCUGCCUUAGCGUUUCGGUCUGAUUGUAUUUCCAGGAAGAAAGGAUCAUAAAUGUUCUUCCUUGAGCUGUGUCACCCCGCUGUAGUCUGUAAUGGAUUGGACUAUUGUGUGGUCAUUACUAAAGUUGGUAUAACUAGAGAAGCAAGCGGACGGCAACAUUCAUCUCUCGAGGGGGUGUCUAACUCGGUGUUAUGGUGUGUUUGAUGCCGGAAUAUCCCUUUAAACCGUAUCCCCCACAGAUUUUGAAACCUGGUGAUUUUUUUAUAUAAUGAUCCAAAUUUGACUAAGUGGUUGAUAACACAUUUUAAUGUGGUGGGACAUUUUCAGGCCACACUAACUUUCACUUAUCCCUUACUUUUGAAAGAAAAAGAAACUCGGUCUGUGCAGCAGGAGGGUCAGUGAAGGUGAUGGGUCUGCACAGGAAAUCAUCACAGCCUCAUGAAAAAAAGAUGCUUUAGUGUUUUGAGCUUUACAAACAGAAAGGAGAUGGAAAAGAGGCGAGAGAUUUCCUGCCUUUUUCUUUGUUGUACGCAUUCUUGAAAUGGGCGGGGGAAAAAAAAGAGGAGUGGCUGAUCCCUGCUUUCCGCUUGACCCGGUCCAAUUUCUGACAGCCUGUCAUGUGUAAUCACCGCAGGAUUACUCACACGCCGGUGGACCAAUACAGAGUAGUUGGCCAGCUAGCUGUCUGGCUCAAUGCUGAAACAGCAUACAAGCUCAGAAAAACCAACAGUGAUCCUCAGAGGGUUCAUAUAUGAGCUGCAGGGACUCGGACAGAAUAGAAAAAAGGGCGGUCAACUUCCUCUCCUGUAUCAGUCAGCUGCAAAGAAAUAGUUAAGUUUUAUUUAAAUCGAUACUAAUGGAGUUCACAUGGAAAUAAACAUGAUAGCACGAGAUGAAUGAGUGAACAGCUAACAAUGUGUCUUUUCUUUAUCAAACAAUGCUGAUCUAUUACAAGCUGAAUGGCUGGAUUCAGAGUAUUUCCUGUGUGAGUAUAAAAGCUGAAAGUCAAACUCUGAUGCAGCCUCUGUCUCAGUUUUCUUCCUCACGUGGUUCAUUAUGCCCCCAGCAGUGUAGUCUGUGCCCUGUUAAUAAUUUACAUACCUUGUAUGCACACGAUGAGAGAGCACCGUUCAAAUUUUUGGUGUCGUUUGGUUCAGCAUGUCGUGCCAAAGAGCGAGAGAACGACCUGAGAGUCAAAGAUGUUACUCUUGUAGGUGCUCCUCCAUGUUUUUGACACACUUCUGAAUGUGGAAAAUGUGGUGUUAAUUCUGCCAUCAGAGCUCUACCCAGUAUUUCCUCAUAAAUGAUCAUUAAUGAUGAUGAUUUUAAUCAAGUGAUUGGCAGAGAGGGAGAAGAUUAAGGACAGCUGGUUCACUCUCAUGUUUUUAUCUCUUGCAGGAGAUUCCCAGAACCAGAGAGAAAGGACGACAGCGAUAAAAGGGCAGAUAGAGGAAGAGCUGAGACAACUGGAAGAUGAAAUCACUGCCUGUAAGUGGACGCACAAACACCGUAAACACACACACACUCACAAAUACACACAUUCAAGGACGACCAGUCUCAGCCUCCGAGUUUUAACGCAAGAGUUAUUCAGGUCUCAGGUCUUAAUAUGCAAAAUAUUAUUGCUGAGGAUUCACACAAGGGCUGGGCGAUAAACCCAGAAUUUACAGAUACAGAAAUUUAUGACAAUAACUGAUGUCAUUUUGCUUGUAUCGGUAUAUUCAGUGUCAAGUAAAUAAAUAAAUAAAUAAAAGUUGGUUUUGGAUGUGUGUAGGUAGGCUAUGGUCUUAUGUCCCUUAAAGACGCUGUCCUACAUCAGAGAUGUGACUCCACCCCAUUCAGUCUGUAACAAAGAGGGAAAGACAGGUGAGGUGAUGGAGGACGGUUCUAAAGUAGUAGCGGCUGGAGCGGCAGCUGAAGUAGACGAAUUUAAUGUGGGAGGGGGUGAGCAGCUUGUGGAUUAGUUAUUGUCCAUUUAUUGUUAUCAAGGUGAACUGCUCAAUAUCUCGGGAUAUUGAUUUGAGGCCAGAUCGCCCAGCCCUAAUUCAAACUGCCAACCGACAACAUUGCCAGGUAAUAAUUACAGAAAGGACUUUGUCAGCCCAGGUAAAGCUGAAACUCUCAACAUUAACUGGUCAUGACUACAAGUUGUACAAUAAUCUUCAACAGGUGAGUUUGCUUACAUAGGUCAGUGUGUACUCACCCCUUUGUGUUUUGUAUGGCGGUUGUUUUGCAUUGUUGCCUCACGAAUGGUGCCACUCAGGCCUUAAUCAGAUAUUAUGCUAUCUGAUUCUGAGGUAUGUGACAGCAAUGACUCCACCUACGUGAUUGUCUUCAUGUAAAUAAAGAGAAAUGUCAUUGGAUUUUUACAUCCUGGCACAAGGUAAUCCAGAGAGGAAAUUAAUAGAUGGAAGCUGGUUUGAACAAAAUCAGAAAGCCACAAUUCACAAGCAGGUAUUGAACCCUGGAUGCUGCAGUGAACAGUUCAAUACUAUAUCAAGACAGUGAUCGAACAGAGUUAUGCAGGAAAGCCCUGAUGUCUGGGUUGAACAUUGAGUGAUAUUUGCCCUGUUUAUGAUAUUGAUACACCAUGCAUCAAUGUCAGAAGCCUAUGUUUAUGUGUUAUAGCAUCUUUACAACAUCAAUGUAAUGAUGGCAAGACAGUUAAUCCAACUCCUGAUUUAAGACGAUGUUCUUUCUGGGCUGCACCGUAUUGAAAAAAGUUACUUUUGCAGUGUUUGUCUUUUCUGCAGUUUUUAUUGCAACAUAAAAAAAACAUCAGAAUUUAUCACAGAUAUAUGCAGUGUGAUUUGAUUUCCUUAUAAACUAUAACAUUUAUAAAAGUAGAGAGACAGGAGGAGAGAGUACAGGAGGAGCAACGCUAAUAAGCACAAAGAAGUACUGACAUUUCAUCACUUCUUUCUGUUGAUGUGAGAGAUAGUUUUGGAGGCGUCAUGUCACCAGAUAGUAACUUUUAAUGAACAGAAAAUUCAGCCAUCUUCCUCUGCAUGUGAUUUCCACAACACUACUCUGUACGUGUGGCAUAAAUGUGCACCAACAGAUGGUCACCAGCCAAGCAGGAAUAUGCUGUUUUAAAAUCUCCUGUAUCAUCAAUAAUGGCAGCAGUGUGGUGUGCAUAUUCACUAUUCCGGUCAUGUGACACACAAACUCGGCACACACCGCUAACAGACCUCAGUGUCCAAGCGAUGUGCUGCAUGAAAAGGAUAUAAGGAAGACUCUUAAAGGGAUAUUCCAGCGUAAAAUUAAUUCAGGGUCAAACACACCAAAACACUGAGUUAGACACCCCCUCAAGGAAGAACAUUUAUGAUCAUUACUUCAUGGAAAUGCAAUCAGACCGGGACGCUAGGUGGGAGGACUACUGCGUCUACAGUGCAAAAUGAUUAAUAAGAUGAUUAUUACUUCAAGGAAAUGAUAAAGGAAUGAUUAUAAAUGUUCUUCCUUGAGCUGUGUCACCCUGUAGCGGUCCGUAAUGGACUGGCCCGAGGUCUUGCUACAAACAAGUGGCUGCUGGAAGAGAGUAGGUGAGUUGUGUUUAGUCUCUUUGCUAAGAAAUAAGGCAAAGCUAAAAAGAUGUUUGAUGGCUAGUGCUAUGGCUGGGAUACUAUAUGUACUGUUGAUGAAGUUAAGUGCUGUUCUGAGCAUUAUUUGUGGCUAUAGAGUGGCUUUUUAGUUGACGUUUGUUUGUGGUUCCAUAGACCGCUGUGUAUUGCUAUCGUGUGGUCGUUACUAAAGUUGGUAUAACUAGAGAAGCAAGCGGUCGGCAACAUUCAUCUCUCGAAGGGGUGUCUAACUCUGUGUUAUGGACCAGUGAUGGCAAAUGAGAAACUGGAGACAACACAACAUUUAGGGUUGUUCUGAGGAUCAGGCACAAAAGAAGAAGUCAGCACUUUGAGGGUAUUACUCCAUCUCUGAGGAAGAUCCACAACAUUCAGUCAGUAAGACGUUCCAGUGACAUUUGAAGAGGACGGACUGCUGGUAGCAGUUUUUAUACAUCAGGAAGAAUUACAGAAUGUCAGCUGUUGGUAUAUAGAAAAUCUCAAUUCUUUGAUUUUUCCACCUGUUCGUUCUCCCUCUUUUCUUUGUGCUGUUUCUUACAUAGGUAGGCAGUUUGAACACAGAAGUCAAUGUUUGACAAAGUAAACCACUAAAUGUAUGCUUUGAAGGAGAACUUUGCUUUCUUUGCAUAACUACAGUUCUCUGAGCAGCAUGAGAGAAACCCCGCAUUCACAUGCUCUUCAGCUGCCCUGAGUUUCCAUGUUUGAAAGUUGUCACUCAGAGAUCGGUGUGUUGAAAGUUAGACAAGGGAAAAUAAAACACUGACAAAGUUGUGUGAUGUCAAAAAAAACACUCAGAGGGAAGACUCUGAACCGAUGUAUUAAUCUGCAACAAAUAAGUAACAUGACGGGGAAUAAAACGUGUUCCCCCUCAAGGGGAAAGACUGGAGGGGGUUCACCGCUCUGUGAGAGACUGUGUUAGCAACAGGUAAAUAUUUUCAGAAUGCUAGUUUAUGCAAAGAGUUACAGAAUUUCAUUAUCCUGUGCACAUAAUUUAAUUUAAAGAUACAGAAAACAUGGAGAAAUCUCUGUACAAAAGGCUGAGAAACAGUACUGUAUGGCUUUGAUGUUUAGGCUUUCAGAAACAGAAAUGGCUCUGGAGUGGAAAUCACCAUAUGAGCUCAAAAAUCACUUCACACUAUUGUCAAAAAAAUUCAGAUUCUUUCGGAGCUCCCAGGCGCCCUCAUGCUGAAGAAGAAAGGGGCCACUGUGCUUUUCUUUAGAUAACAGUUCAAAAGCCGGUAUCUGGGAUGGUUCUGGGAUAAUAAUGCUGCAUUCAAGUUUCCUAGGAAGUCAGAUGUUGGGGCUGAAAAUGACGUCACACCCAAGUUCCCAGCGUAUCAGCUACCAAGUCUGAAAAAAGCAAAAUUGGAGCCCUGAAACAAGAUGGCGAUGUCUACGAAAGUUAAUUUAGCACUUGCCUUAUAUUCAGACAAGGUAAGUGCUAAAAUAACUUUUGUAGAUGUAGCCAUCUUGUUUCCGCCUCAGAUUUUGCUUUUUUCCAACUUGGUAACUGAAACACUUGUAACUUGGAUGUGACGUCAUUUUCAGGUUGGACUUCUGACUUCAGAGGUAACGCGAACACAGCUUAAGUUUCUGUGGUUUGAGAAGCUUCUACAUCUGUAAAGGCUCCAUUAAUGCUGACUGAUUACUCUGUAACCAAGUUCUUGGCCUGAGGGCGAGCUUUUUGCAUGACUCUUGCGUCAGUGAAAUGAAAUCAUCUUAAUAAUACUGGGUUUUCAAUGUGAGACACUCCUCUGUGCCAAUCUGAGAUUUGCACCUACAAAGAAACUUUCUGAACAGCGUAACAAAGUCUUUCAGAGUCUUUGUGUGAAGACUUGAUUCAUCAAGAUUUUAUGUGUUAUCACUAUUAUUUGUGACUUUGAUACCGAAGUUUCAACUACUCCAUCAGUUCUUCCUUUGUGUCAUGUGAGAGGAUUUUUUUUGCCUUUCCUCAGUAGCCUUUGCUUUCCCUUCUUCCUCAAAUCAAACGUCACUGAGUUUGAGAUAUGAUUCGCUCCUCUUUGUUUGUGCUUCCUGCAGCUGCUUCCACAUCAGGCUUUGACCGGAAAAAAUCUCUGGUGUUUAAUCCAGCCAACCCGGAGACCUCUGUUGAAGACUGCCUGGCUGCAGUGGGAGACCGGGUGUCCAGAGAGCUGGACACACACCUGACAGCAGCCGUGCAAACACUCCUGGCAGGGUGAGUGCGCAGCUUUCUGUGUGUAGAUCCCAGCUGCCAUGGCUUUAGUGCUUAAACAUAAGAUUCCUUUCAAGGUUAGUUUUUUUCUUUUUCCCACCAUUGAGCAGUAAUUUCCUCAUAAAAACUAUUCUCAGACUAACUUCAUACAGUGUGAGGAAACGGGGUGAGAGGUGCAAUCUCGGAGAGUUCACUAAGCCAGUGUUGACACACUGAUCUGUUGCAGACUUUCUCUUCUCAGCGAACUUUUGACCUUUAACUGUGAUUCUAUCCUGCAGAAUUUACAGACACAUUCAUUCACUUAAUGACCCAUAUAGAUAUCCACACAUCCCAGUCGACCCUCAUCAUUAAAAUCACACAUGCUCUUUCUCCUUUAUUGAAUUUGUGGAAGUUAAGCACAUUCUGUCUGUCUGUCUCUCUCACACACACUUCAUCUACACUUUGACCUGUGCUUUUCUUGAUCUCACGAGAAAAGUCACGUACGCUGCAGAUAUAUACAACCCUCCUUGUUGUCCUUGGAGAUAGAUCAUUAUGCACACUUAAUUUACUGCUUGUAAACUGUUGUGUAGUGUCCCAGUAAAAGGUAGAAGUAUCUAAAUAGUGCAUGUGGGCGUUACUGAGAUCUGCUUAACACAUUUGGAGACAUUCCAGUCUGAAAAUAAAUACUGUUGGGCAACUUUCAUGCAAAUUGUUGAUAUUUGAUCCCGUUUGGUUCUUUUGUAUCAGACUUGCUUCGUCUUAUCUCCUCCACCAUAUCUGUACUUUUGGUGGUUGUGUGACUACAAUGUCAGUUCUGUUAUCCCACUGCCUGCACUAGCUUUGAGCUGCAAAUUAAACUCACUGUUUGCCUAAAACCUUAAGAUCUAGUCCUCGAACACUUGCUCUGUGUGUGCUGUUUAGUAUGAAUCCCUCAGUAAAUGCAGCAGCUGGUGCACAGACACACACUUACAUCAUAUUCCCUUAAUGAGUGUUGUGCAUGUGUGCAGUUCACCAUGUGUUCAACAUUGUCAGAGCUCAAACACUUGACUUGUUCUUCACAGAAAGAUCUGUUUUGUGUUUGAGGUGUUGAUGAAUUUUAAUGUGAAUGAACUUCGCUUUGGGGAUCAAUAAAGUUCUGGUAUUGAUAACCUUCUUUAGGGGGAAUGUAGGCUGUUAUGUAACAAGAAAACUGACAAAGCCAUACAGUAAGAUGCACAAAGAAGCAUCGUGAUUGGCAGUGCCUUGAAAUGCACCAUUGGAGUCCUUGCUAAUGCUGCGUUUGAGUUACCUUGGAAAAUGAAAAUGAUGUCACACCCGUGUUUCCAGCGUUUCAGUUACCAAGUCGGAAAAAAGCAAAAUAGGAGGCAGAAGCAAGAUGGCUACAUCUAUGAAAGUUAUUUUAGCGCUUGCCUUAUAUUUGGACGAGGCAUUUUCAGCUCAGACUUAUGACUUCCGAGGUAACGUGAACGCACCAUAAGUAAGGAGUUCAAAGAAUUCUGGAAUAAUCAUCUUUGCCCCUUUUUAAUGGAGCCAAGAUUUUGCUCCUUUAAAACAGGUACUAGCAGAAAUCAUGGAUGCAUAAGGAGCCAAUCAAAGGUUAAAUGGAGGAAAGAAGUCCUGGACAUCUUUUGGCAUGUUUUAUCUCAGUAUGUUUAUGGUUUAAAACUUUAGAAGUUGCAGAGAUUGGCAAAUAAAUGCUCAUAAGGUGAACAGAAAGGGAAAUUACGAUACAAGUCCUUAACAGUAAGUCUGGAUUUGGAGUUUUACACCAGUCUGUUGUUGUUUGUGUCUUUCAGGCCUCUGGAUUAUCAGAGAUUCAGAGACACAGUGCUGGAUCUGUCAACACAUACACAAGAGGGCUGGAAUAAGGUGAGUCUACUGUUUAUUUCCCCCCAUUUUUGACAUCAUUUCAGUAGACCUAAUUAAACUCUUUCCCUCUGCUUUAACUCUGUCAUCUUUCCCCUCAUCCUUCUCAGGUGUUAGUGCCUUUGGUGUUGCUCCAGGCAUUACAAAGUGAAGGACAGUCACCGACAGAUAUGCUAGAUCUCGGGGUGCGCUAUCUAGAGGAGGAUGAAACUGGCUUCAUUACCCAGCAGGGAGGAUGGGUGAGUUUUCCUGCACACACAUUUUGCGUCAUAUUUACAUAGAAGCCACUUAGAAAUGGAAUAGGGUUUCACAGCGUGUUUAGAUGUUCCAGUUUGUUUGUUUGUUUUUUUGGGGUUUUUUUUUUGCUCUCUUCACAUAGAAAUUCUCAAAUAAUGCCGUAAGAUUGCGCUGUCUCUAUGCUUUAAAACUAAACCAAUCAGUGGUUUUAUAUCAGUGAUCUAGUGUAUGAUUUAACAGUGUGAUGGCGCUGCAGAAACAAAGAGGAGAAACGAGUAAACAAUCAGCACAAACUUAACACAUGCGCGCACACAUUACUCUGCUCCAUCAAGCAGUCUCUGCUGUUUUCACAAACACAGUUUUCCCUGUUUCUACAUCUGAUGCUGUCUCAGCGGUGAAAUAGCUUUGCCCCAAUUCUGCCUCUGACUCGUUAACAUAGACUUGGAGGUGUAAUGGAAACAUUACAGGCUUGUCUUGAACCAAAUGAAAAAAGAGAGAGCUUUUGAUUUUCAGGUCUCCAAAAACACCUUUCGUCAUGUGUUGGAAAUUCUUAAGAAUAACAGACAAAUCAUUGAAUGAAAAUUUAUUUAAAAACAAGUUCAAAUAAGAAAAAUCAUGCAAGCUUGUGCAAAAGCAACAGAAAUGAAACAGAAAGACUAAGGAGGAAUUUGCCUUAAAUGACACCAAGCAUUGCGCAUCAUUUUCCCCGUCUACACCAUCUAAAAGUCGAAUUCAUCAAACCAAUAAUCCUGAAGAUAGCCAAGCAUUAAAAACGCCCCCAAAGUUCUGUUGUGUUUUAUCAUGACUGAAAUGAGCUGUCAGCAUCCCUACCCUCUGCUGCACAGAGCUGCGCUGUGCACUUGUAAAAAGAAGCUUACUCAGAAAAAAAAAAAAAUUGUGGGAAAUUUAUUACACAUAAUGUUGUUUUUUGUAUUUUUGUGUGGAUGUAGAGCCACAAACAGCCCCAGACUGAUUUAACCCCUGAGUCCUGUGACCAUAGACUGUGUAUAGAAUGGACGCCGUCGCCGUCUGCCUCUUCAAAGAAGAGAACAGCACCCUCUGGUGAUGGGCUGCAGUGUAGGUCAUAAAUCCAGCCUCCUCCAGCAAACCUUAUGGAGUUUUGGACAAAAUUUAGAAAUUUAUUACACAGUAUGUACAUUUUUCUCCCGCCUGUUUGCGAUGUUGACAUGUAGUUACUGUAAGACUGGUUUGUGCUCAAGUCCUCUUUUUUCUGUACAGCUCAGUUUUUUAAAUCGGAUCUGUACAUCGUCACAGCUACUCUCCCGCCAAAUAAAUGCGUACAAUGCUACUGAGCAAUGUUGGUUUCAGUAAAUGAAGAAAAAUUGCGGAAAUACCGAGACCUUUUCGGCUUUGAAUCUGUAUACUGGCGGAGGGCAGAAACAAGUUGUCCAUAGUAUAUACAGUCUAUGCCUGUGGCAGUGGUGUCAGUGUAAAACAUUAUACAUAGGUGCAUAUCAGUGUUUGGUCAUUCAGAGGUAAAAUUACUGUCUUGAUAACUUGGGUGCUUGAUCAUGUUGCUGCCUCUGGUACUCCUGGGAAAGUUUGAAAAGAUUUUUUUCAGACCAUCUAGUAGCAACAGUUUUCCUUCCAGUAUUAUACACUGAGGCUCAUUUGCUUAGACAGGGGCAUAUUUCGCUCCAAAUGAAUGCAUAACAACUCAUUAUAAUAUGUACAAACACACAGUGAUGCUGUUUGUUCUGCUGCACAGUUCACACACCCUUUGCUCAUGCUUUUCAAACUAAACACCGUCUCUUUGACUCAUCAUCCCAGGUUUGCAAAAGCAGCACACUCCUAUUUUAAGUCAAGCUCGCAGUGGAGAGCAAAAUGUACAGAAUUUAAAGUAGCCACAGGAGGGCGGUAGUGAGCUACCUCUACAGAUGUUUUAGAUCACAAAAUCCCUGAUCCUUGAGUGAUCCACAAUAACCACAUGACCAUUCAUGGGAUUAAAACACACUUCAUACUGAUAGUAUGUGUGACAGUAAAUCCAUAACAGAUCAUCUGCAGAAUUGGCCCUGCUGUAUUAAAGCGCUAUCACACACUGACAGCAUUUUUAUCGUAUGAUGCCUACAUUUAAAGCAGCAGCCUGUGUCUUAUACCAGUCAGGGUUUAGUGUCUCAUGUAAUCUGAUAAACGUUGGUCUGUUCAACAACAUUCAAUCACAGUAAGUUGCAGUAAUACGAUUGGUUUUUUGUUAUAUAAGUUGCUGCAGUUUAAAUAUAGGAAUAAAUAUUAACAUCUGCUUGAUUUGGAUGAAAAUCUUGACAUUGGCGUCUGCGUGUGUGCACUGUGCUGCUGACAGUAAUCUGCAGGUUUUGACUGAUGGAGCCUCCAGAGUUGUUUUUACUUAAGCAAAUCAGACAAGAGUGGCAAUAUUUCAUUCUCUCUUCUUUUGUUCAAUUUCUUUAUACUUAAUCUGCUGAAACUUUUUGCAUUUUCAUAUUUUUGCACUUUUGCAAUCACAACUAGAGUUUCUUGUUUUCAAUAUAUUGGUUAUUGAGUUUAUUUGAGCGAUGUUCGAAGUAGAUAAAAUGGAACACUGCGUCACAGAUGGCUCCUAUAAAUGGGGUCAUGCUGAUGAAGGUCACGUGACUUAUCGCCCGCUGCACUGGUCGCCAUUACCUCAUCGUUAUGAUACUCUGGCCCUGUUUCGUGCAGUGUAACGUGAAUAGAGCGCUUCCUCCAAACAAAGCUAUAUUAUUACUCUUGUGUUACGUCAUAAGGGAUGAACGAACGAAAGGCUGGCGGGAUCAGUAAUGGAGGGAUGAAGAGAAAGGAGAAGAGAUUGCAUGGAGGGACUGGUGAUAGGAAAGGAAGGGAAUACGAAGGAGGGAGGGGUGUGGGAGAAAAGGGGAUGGGCCAGUAAGAGCAAAGUGAAAUGCUCCAUUAGUUUGACAGCUGCUGGUGUUCACACUCCUCUUCAGUCAGCCUCUACAGCCACACAGCCUCCACCGAGUUAGUCUGAUUCAGGUGAAACCCAGGGGCUUCAGGACUUCAUACUGAGGUAGGAUGAAUUACUUGCGAGGUUGAGCGACCUCAGAGUGAGUUCAGUGGUGGGGAUAUGUGCAUGCGAAUGUGUCCUCUGAGUACGAGCGUUCAGCAGGGACAACACUCAGCAGCUGAGAAGGUCCGCUCAGUUCUCGUCAUGAAAGAUUAGUAUCAUGUCAACAUACUGCACAGAGUGGUUGUCUUAAAGCAGAAUAAUAUCAUUAAUUUAGAUGAUAACCUUAAACGCAAAAAACAAACUCUUUAACAUGAGCGUGAACCGGAUAGGAAUGUAUUUCGGCAACGUAGAAAUGUCUUUGCAUAGUCGACGGCGGGUGUUUGUGCUCGAUUGAUUUAAAAAGUAGAAGUUGUGAACAUCGAGUAUUUUUAGGACAUUGUUAUGAGUCCAGUAAAAGUGGCAACCCGUGUUAGCUUUGGGUGCCCCUCAUCAUACCCUUUUGUUGGUUACAUCCGAACACAACAAGGAUUAUUAUGACCCUAAUGUGGUGCACACUUCAUUUGGCAAGAACAAAACCUGAAGCCUUCAGACAGCACAGCCUGGGGCCAGUGGAAGGGACGAGGGGGGUUCGAUUGGAGGGGUACGAAGAGGACGGAAAACACUUGCUUCAGGGAAACUGAUUCUGAAGUAUGGGAGAUAUAUGACAAAAGUGAAGAGUUGAGUUUAGGAUGAUGCGUCGGACAGUUGCUGAGGUUGUCUCUAAUAGUUUGUUCACAGCUGUUCUCCUGUCUGUCAGUCUUUUUGCUCGCACGCCCUCAUUCCCCUUGAGUCCCCUGACGAAUGUCCUUCAGAGUCUGACAGUGAAAACCGCUGCAUGAGUUUGCACAACAGCCAUUUCAGAUUACCGUCCUUGUGAGCGGGAUGUAACGUGACGCCUGAGGUUUGACAAUUGCACACUGGCAGUAGCACCUGACCUCUUUGUAACGAGAAAGAGAUGAUAAAGAUGCACAGUUUUCCUGCCGUGGACUGAUAGUCAAAGCGCUUCACCUCUGCAUGCUCUCAGUUCCAUGUUGGCUUAUGCUAAUGCUGCAUAGAAACAGUGAUGUAGCACCGAUGAUAUUUUAGGGACAGGGUGCUGUAAGGUUCCAUGUCAGGACACGUCAUGCUGCAGUCUGUACAGUGCAACAGUGCUCCCCCCUGUUACGUAAGCACCCUCCCUCAACAGCCGCAGGAAAUGUGUUAGCAUCCCUGUAUCACUUCAUCUUCAUAACACUGGACUACUUCAGCAAAGUGCUCGCACAGAUUGAGGAAGCCCCAAAAAUAACUCCCAUAAUCCUCUGAAAGCAUCACCAGGGGGCUUGACCGGCCCACUUGUAGCGUGCUGAGGAACUGGGUACAGCUGCGGAGCUCUGGCUAACUUCCAAGGUUUUAAGCAGGGCAUCCAUCCAUCCCUCUGUCCUCUCCUCCAUCCAUCAGCAUCACUGCUGCCACAACACAGUAAUGAUGACUGGCCAAAAACCAAUAUUUACUGAUGCAAACUGUCUGGUUAAACAUAACAGACAGCUUCAGAAGGAGUUUGCUCCAGGCUCUCUCAGUGUUGUCAGAUCCCAUAGACAUUUCUGAUGCUGAACUUUAAGGAGCUUUCGCAUGAACACUGAGGGGACAUUUUGUGUCAAAACAUUGUGAUGGACUAUAAAUAAACACUGAAGAUGGACUUCCUAAUUCAAUAUCUAGUCAAAAGUUAGUAAUAGAGGGAGAGAAUUUUAUUAAAAAAAAAAAAAAAGAAAAUUGGUUGAAAUAUUUUUUUUUUUUUUUUUGAGAAGUGAGCACCCACAUGUACGACCACAUUAAGAAAGAUAAAUUAAUUAAGACUUUGAGAGUGAAGUCGUUAAUUUACGAGAAUAAAGUCAUUACUAACGAGAACAAAGUCAUUACUUACGAGAAUAAAGUGGUAAUAAAAUCAUAAUGAUACUUAUGAUAAUGUGGUGCUGAUGUUUCCGAAAGGUUAAGUAUCUCCUUGUUUGAGGAACCUAUAUUGAAGUACAUUUUUACUAAAUGCUCCAUCGCUCUCAUUUCAACAAGUGUCAUAUUAAACAACAGUCCUUAGAAUAUAAGGACUUUAUUACGACUUUAUUCUCGUAAGUAAUUACAUUAUUACGACUUUAUUCUCAUUAGUAAUAACUUUAUUCUUGUAAGUUAACAACUUUAAUCUCGAAGUUUUAAUUUUAUUUUUCUUAAUGUGGCCCUAAUGCUCUGCCGAACACGUGUGUGUUUAGCAGAAAUUUGGAUUAGGUACUAAAACAUGAAUACGAACCAUGUCUAUGAGAGCAUUUGAAGAUUCUGCUUCAGUGUCGUUUUUUUAGUACUUUGUUUUACGGCAACAAUGACGGAAAAGAAAAAAAAAAUAGUGUUUGGUGAACAGCUGCCAUUUACUUCAGGUCUUGAGUUCGAUUUAAAAUUUCUGACUUUGUAGUAGGUCUGAUUGACUUUUUGUGGGUCAUCUCUUACUGUAAAUUUUGUGUUUAGGAGUUUGUUUUUAUUUUUUACAUUGUUCAAGUUCAGGCGGAUUUUGCUGUUUCCACAUCACCUGCCUUAUGGCUGUAUGUUCAGAGAUGUGUGUGUAUGUGUGUCAAGAGUCUCAUUUUUCAUGUAUGUGGAUAUGAAAGAGCGUCUACCCUUAUCCGGUCUGAUUCAAACUUGGAUAGCUACAGUCUGAUUCAGAGAUGUUUCAUCCAAAUGUGAAAUAGUAUGAUUUAAUUCUAAUUGAUUUAAUUUGAAUAAAAUUUAUAUUUGAAACCCAACUAGUUGUCUACCUGAUAUAACUGAGGAAAAUUAAAGUUGAUGUGCGCAGAAAUAACCUGUCCUUGGUUUUAUCUCUUUUCAGCGAGACAGAAAGACUUGACUUACAGUGUCAUCAGAUAACUAAUGAUAAAGUGUCACACCCACGUCCAACCGUGACUCCAUAACACAAACACACAGUACUUGCUUUCUUGUACACCGGCUUGUAUUAGCUUUGCAGAGACCUGCUUGCACUUGAAACAAAGUUUUUAUAUUCAGGAUAACAUAAUCCUCAUAGAUGUCAAGAGUAGGUAUGAUCCAGAGAAUAUUAGACUGAUGAAAGUAAUCCUGAAGAAGAGCGAUUGUGGUUUCAUUCAGAAACCUGUUUAGAAAAUGUGUCCUGUUUCUCCCUGAAGCUUGAGGGUGUGAUUAUGAGCCCACUGUGUUUUUUUUUUUGCGGUCCUCUUUCGUCCAGGAGGAUGCAGCGUGAUGACAUAAUGUGGCAGCCUUGUGGUAAUGUAGCAACUACUUGUUAUGGUCACAUGAAUGUUGCAGCUGUUAUCCUCCCCUGAAAAUGUGGCGUAAUUUAAAGAUAUUUGAAACUAAACUUUGAACAAAGCAGUCAGCUGUUAUUCUGCAGUGCAGCUCAGUAAGACAGGAAAUGCAAAUCAAUGACAGGUAAACUCACAGACAGUACACCCUUGGCUCUGCAGCAGGAAUGUGUUCUUCUAGUUUUAUAGACUUUGCGUUUGUCUUGGGGCGAGGGAGGAGAGAGGACGGCUCUUGAAAAAGUUAGUGUGUUUCCCAGCUUUGUCAGAGCGAGAGGACAACAGAGCGGAGCUUAAAACCCCGGCUGAUUCAGGCAGGAUUGUCCCCCAGGUGUGUUAUUUUUAAAAGUCUUUUAAUCCUUGUUAAUCUAUUAAUGCAGGCUUAAAAGUGUUUUCCUAUCACUUGUGUGUUCAAAAAGUUCUAUAUCUGAAGCGCCAUUAGUCUUGGACCUUGGUCUGUAAGAUAGGUUGUGAAUGUUGAGGUAUUCUGAGGGAUAUGCUUUGUGAAAAGUUAUGGGUUUAAGAACCUGUGUUUGUGUGCACUCGACUAAAACUUGGAUUACAGCUGUGAAACUCUGUCAAACCUGCUUUCAGAGUCCCUAAAGGUUCAUUUCAUUUUGGCUUUGUGGCAUCAGACACAUGAAACUAGGAGCUUAUAAGAAAAGAUGAUUGUUUUUGUCCCUAAAAACUAGCAACCUUUAGCUUUGGUUUUUCCCACAUUGCCUCCCUGUCCCAUCCAGCUGAUGUGGGUCGGCCCCCCUGAGGACCUGCCUCCUCUCCCUCACAUGAAAAUCAGCUUACAGAGAAAGCAAAUGUUGGAUAACGAUGGAGCGCUGUUUGAUUUAAUCUCUUCGCCGCCUCCCUCGAUACAGCUACCGUGUCCGUCGCCGAGUGUCCUUGUAAGGCAAACAACCGUCACAUUGAGUCAUUGAGGAGUCACAUUUACAUGGGUCAAUAAUAGUUUACAUACUGUGAGCUUGGUCAUUCAACUGCUGUGUUGAUCAGAUGCAAAUUAGUGUUCAACACCCCAAGGAGCAUGGUGAUAUGUUAUCAUGCUCUUUAAAAGAGAAAGUGUAGCUGUGGGAGCUGGCCUCUGCCGUCAGAACCUGUUUGUCUGCUGAACACACACUCUUAAACACACACAUACACACAUACACCCUCCCUGUCAGACAAACACCUCAGUGCCCACUGUCUGUUUGAAUCUCAUCUGUUCAGGUCACACCUACAGGUACGUGACAAAUGAGGGACAAAUACUAAUGUAACCACAACCCUGGCACGAACCUCUCCGACCAGACAACCAGCUCUUAUUCCUCAAUGUUUUUUUUACUGGUACUUGUCGUUUUCCUCUGUUUAGUUCACCUGCUCAAAAAGGUAUGACCACUUAUUGCUAUCAAUAGAGCAGUGUUUGGUAUGAUGUGAAUUUUUAUUAGCAAGUAAGGAUGUAAAAUCUAAAUAUUUUUCGUCAUGGAUCUAAUCAGUGACUUCUUAAAAAAGAUCAACUCAACUUUAUUUAUAUGCAGCCUAAAAUGCUCCACAAAAGGACAGACAGUAAAUAAUAGCAAUAGUUAAGACUUAAGGAAUAAUUAAGGACUCAUUAGAAAAACUGAAUCAAUACAGUAAAAUCAAUAAAACAUGUUUGAGUGGUAAGCAAAAUUAAAAUCAGUAAGUUAAAAAGAUGGUACAAAUACAAGACAAAGUGAAUAAGUAAACUUAAAAAUAUAACGGUGUUCUAAAGACAAGGGUUAUACAGAUGCAUAUAAUAAAUGUAUUUAUUGUCUGAAAGAUGGAGGUGCAAACUAUUAAAUUUGUGAGUGCUGCAACAAGAGAAAGAUUUCCAACUCUUGGUUUUCAGUUUUCUGCCUAUGUGCUUUACUGAUUAAAAAAAAAAAGGAUCUGCACAGUCAGGUGUUUUUGUAAGUCUAGGGGAAAGCAUGUUGGCUCAAAACGUCACUUUGUCCUCAAUAAACCCGGUUUAGUGCAAACUCAGUUUGUUCACCACAAAAAAAAAAACGAGGUUUUCUGUCUCAGAGAGUGGGGUAACUAAAACUUGGAAAGGGGGUGACUCGAGCGGUUCUGAAAGAGAGGGGACUUAAACACAGAGUCUGUUACUUGCAGCAAAUGGACUUGACUAAAUGCCUUGACUAAACCUGUUCCUGACCAUGUUAGGUUCACAAGCUCAAGUCCCUUGACUAAGAGGCAGUGUUUAAGUAAAGAUCAAGGUGUUUUUGCAGAGUCUGUUAGGACAGCCGAUAUUCAACAUUUUUACAAUAAUCAGCAUCAGUCGUUUUUUGCACCGCAAGCCGAUAAAAAAAAAAAGGUUAAUUUCAACACUGUUCAACUCUUACACAGCUGCUUCUCUCUGCCUGAAGUCACCACUCUCAGCUGUGUAACAAUGUCCCGCCUACAGUCCCCACUGAUUGGCUACACAGACAACCAAUCCACACUCAAGCUUCUAGUUAGUUAAGAUACCUGCACUGUUUGUUGUUUUUGUUGUUAUGACAGUAAAACAAUUGUUUGAACCUUUUCAACAAAGAUUUGCAUCUUAUUAUACAGCAGUUUAGGGUCUUUUUAUCACAGAUUUUCACAGUCUACAAAACAAACAACAAACAGUGUUCUGUGUUCAUUCUAAACCCAGGUGUGUUUUCUAAAAUGUUGACACCAAAAUAUACAUUUUUAAAUAAAUCUUGGUUUUAAAUAUUGGUUAUCAGUUUACUAAUAAUUGGUAUCAGCAUUGGCCCUAAAGAAAAACAGAUCAGUCAAUCCUUAAUAAACAGAAUACUGUCUAGCAUGUCCUUUUAUGAAGGAGCCUCUUUAUAGUCAUCAUGCACGUGUGUAACUCUGAGGGAACUCCACCAGCCAGCGGGUUUGCUGUAAAACAUGCUUCACUGCAGAGACUGUGGUCUGUGCUGUGUGAAGAUAAGGAUAAACUGCGUUCACUUUUUACUUUUUUUUUCUGAAUGUUUUCUUUACCUUUGGACUGGUGUGCUAGUGUGAAAUUUUGAGGAAAUUAGUCUUACAACUGAUUGUCUGGUAAUACUUUAACUAGUGUCUCUGUACAGUAAUGCCACUUACAACUGUGGCAUCCAAAAGGCACAUUAAGAGGUGGGGGUAAGAAAUAGGAUUAAUCUUGUGUCCACUGGGGUUACUAAAAAGCAACAUGAGUCCAAGUUCUUCCGCACAGGGGGCUUCAAAAUAAAAAAGAAGGAAAGCUAAUGUGCCCAAGUCCAGAGUUUGAGGUUCAAACUUGGACUCGCAGGCCUCUUAUUCUGUGUUGUUGUCGCUGGACAGUGUGACUUCAUACUGCAUGAUACAAGCCGUUGCAAACUGCAGUGCACGACGUCUUAUUAACCCCUUAAUCCCUCCUCCAUACUCCACUCAUGCCCUCAGGACAGUGUGCAUGUCAGGAUGCAUCUGGUUCUUUGGCGCUCAUUGUAAUACUCACCGUGCUAUUUCUGAACCACACUCUGUAGAUUCUGCAGCACAAGCGCACAUUCAGCACAAAAGAAAAAUCAACCACUCUUUUAUUUUUUUUGUCAUGGUCGGCCAGAGAGAUUUGGUGCAAAAGUUUGACCUUUUCAAUAUUCUGAGGAUAAACAAGAGUAUAUUUCUGCAGAUUUCCAGAUUGAUUCAUUUGAACACUGUCUGCUUUAGUAAGCUUGACCUGCGUGUGAGCCCCUAAUACCCAGAUGAUCAUAUGAUAUGCCUGUUAUAUAAUGAGAGAGCUCUGCAGAUGGCUCUGGACCUAUUGUUGGCGCCACUAGGUGGCAUAUAAGGUCAACUUUAAACUUGUGGUGUAGUAGGCUUUAUUUCCCCCAUGUGAAGCUGUAUAUGAAGAUUUUAGUGAUUUUGAGCCCAUGCAGUGAUCUCUAAUACAGUCAUGUCUGUUUUUAAUGCAGUGCUGCGUCAUGACCCAAAGAUCACAGCUAUCCUAUAUCAUUACCAGCCCUUUCCCUUUUGUACAGAGAUUCCUCCAGAUUCUCUUGAUUUGGGUAUUAUGUACUGUAGAUGAUGAAAUCACUCUUUAACACUCAGGGCCAUUUACCUGAAAUUGUCAAACUAGUUUCUCACUCCGGCUCUCAUAGAAUAAUGAAUCUGUUUCACCCAGUCAUGUUGAAAUGUUCAUGUUGUGAGAUGUUCCUUCAGGUGUUUCUUUACCCAACAUUUUCAGUGAUUUAAUGUCUUUUAAGCUACAUUUUACAUCCAACUCUUCAAGAAUUAGGUUUGUAUGUUACAGCAAAAAUAGACUCAUCGCGUAUCUUUAGCAGUGCUGCUCUUGAUACGAUGCUGCGACGGAGCUGAUACGCGUCCUGUAUGCUUUGCUGCAUUGAUUAGAAUGGCAACCUAUUUGCUGCGUGAUAUGUGACACUGCCGAUGCGUAGUGAAUACGGAUCCUGUGUGUUUCAGCCUUUAGGAAAAACACCCUCUAUCUCUGUCGACACUGUUAUGAGUAUUGUCGAACCACAGAUUAUACUCUAGAUAAGUGGUUCUCAAGUCCAGUCCUCGAGGCCCACUGUCCUGCAUGUUUUGGGUGUUUCCCUGCUCCAACACACCUGAUUCAAAUGAUCAGCUCGUUAUCAAGCUCUGUAAUGGCGAGCUGAUCAUUUGAAUCAGGUGUGUUGGAGCAGGGAAACAUCCAAAACAUGCAGGACUUGAGAACCACUGCUCUAGAUGAUUUUACCCUGUGCUCUUCAGUGUGGAUUUUUAUGAUGUAUAUAAAAGUUGAUGGCAUCUCUGUCUCUGUUUACCACAGGGUGAAAUAUUCAGCCUUGAGUCAGAGGAGGAGCGAGGUGAGAACAUCGCUGAAGACAGCAACGAUAUUUACAUCCUCUCAGGGGAGCAGCAUCCCGACCAGCUCAGCCCCCCGUCCUCGCUGCUCUGCACAGGAGACAACAGCAGCGGGCAGAGCUCCUGGCAGACGGAAAGCUUACCCGUGUCUCUGGCCGGCCACGAGUCUUGGGCACAGGUUGCAGCGAUGGACCCCGAAGAGGUCAAGAGCCUGGACAGCAACGAGGGCGUGGCACUCGCCGAGGAGCGCAGCGAGAACAACUCCUCGAACUCGGACAUUGUCCACGUUGAGCGCGAGGAGGCCGAGCUGCUGGAGGAAGGCGGAGAAGUGGGAGCGAUAGAAGACAGCAUGAUGAGUGUUUUAGGCACAGAGAGCGAGCUGGCCGAGCUCAGGGAGGAAUUCAGGGACCCGACUCCGCCUGUUCCAGAGCCAGCCGACGCGGACUCCGCAACCCCAGCCUCCCUGCUCUCGUUAGAGGACCCAGUGGUUAUAGAGACGCCCACAAUCUUGUCAGCAGAGGCUUCCCUCACCUCCUCAGAACCAGAGCUGCCUCCCCCUGUCCCAGAGGCCCCUGUGCCAGAACCCGCAGCACCCUUAUCUGUUCCUGCAGUAGAACCAGAACCUGAGCCAGAAACAGCUGCUGACACUGCCCCAGUGCUCGCUGAGGUAGCAUCCCCAUCUUUGGCCAAGGAAACCCCUGCUGCACCAGCAGAGCCUGAAGUCACCUCAGAACCAGCUCCUGAACCAGAGCCAGAGCCUGUCACAGUGCCUCCCCAGUCAGAACCAGAGACUGCUGCAGAACCAGAGGCCCCGCCGGCUGAACCUCCUGUCCCAGAGGCCCCCGCAGAAGUCCCUACUGAGGAGCCCCCUUCACAGCCAGAGCAGAACACAGAGCUCCAGGUGCUGCUGUACGGAGGAGCGGCUCUGGUGGCCAUCUUCGCUGUUAUGGCUUAUGGAGUCGUGAGCUACAGGAGGAAGUAGACGAGUUUCUUCUCAGGGGAGGGAAUGCAAAUCUCAAAAUGUUAAAGGUAGAAAUAAAAAGUACUAGCACACACGUGGUGAGACUCUCCUUACAAAGUGUGUCGGACAUCAAACGAGGCUGCAGUUUAUUUAACAUCGGGUACGGGCUCAAAAGGUCAUAAACCUGGGAAAAUGUCCUGCAGAGUACCAGAAUCUCACAUCAUCUUCAGACGUACCGCUUGGAGUCCUGGCUGCCUCACAAGCCUGGCUGUCCACACAGAAGAAGGGGGGUGGCGACGCACUCCACAGCUCUUAUUUUCAUGUCUUCUCUCCUGUUGGGUUAUUAACGUGCAGGUUUGAUCCAGAUUCUUCAAAGUCCAUCUCAUCAUUUCAAACUUUGAAGAGUGUGUGGACCUGAGUCUGCCUUUUGCUCGUUUCUGUUCUGUCUGUCGCUGCACAACUAUGAAACCCUUAACAUUCACUGUUGCUGUCAUUUCUUUGAAAUAGUUUCCAUUCAUCUCACUGUGACGAGUUCAUUCGAUACCUCCUCUAAUGAACAAAACCAAAUUAGCGAUACGAUUAAGACGCAAAUAAUUUAAUUGCGUGAAUCUGUUUUUGCGGCUGCUUCUAAAACAGGAGUGUUAAAUUUGACUCUUGCUCUAUUUUUUUUUUUUACAUGCAGCAUGUUUUAGUCCAGAGCCCCCAGGUGUCAGCUCAAGAGAAAAAGUUCCAUGUGUUAAUCUGCACUCGCACUUGACUGUAUGUAGGAAGAUUUGCAGGCCUUCCUCAUGGGUAUCAAAUCUGUGUCCAUACAAUUGUAACAAAUUUCAAACCUGUCCCUAUGAAUUGCAAAUCUGUCAGCACAUAAUCUAAACUGUGCACACAGAUUUGCACUUGGCCUUUUUAUUUUUCUUGACUUUGUUACAGGGGGGCUCUGUUUUCUAACUUUCUCUAAGUAUAGAGGAUUUGCCCAAAAAGGCCGAGAAUUAAACAGAAAAUUGCUGCAUAUUGAGAUACAUCAGUUUUUUCUGAUUUACUUCAAGGUCCUGACCUUCUGUUGCUGUCAUCAGAAAUGCAUUUUCAUGUACUGAUAAGAUCCAACCCAGGAGUUAAGUACUGCAGAGGACAGAUUCCUACUGCAGUCUGUUUUCCCCUCCUCUGAAGUCACUCCAGUACUGUCAGCUUUUUAGCCACUGACUUUCCUAAGCAGGUAGUUUUACAUUACACUAGGAGAGUGGUAGGACUUGGUCUGCUAAACCGAAUUUCAAUCAUCCAUUUAACUUGAAAAUAUAAUUAAUUACAAAAACUUCAUGGACAAACAAUGCCCCAUCGUACAUCUUGAAGCCUUUUUCAAAUCUUUACCUUAACUGGUCUUAAAGACUGUCAUCAAAGGAUUUUAACUUCACAUCUCCCCUGAGUUAAAGAAGGCACUGCAGAAGUGCAUUAAAAGUUGAGUUUUUCAUCUGCAACUGUCAAAACCGCUUCAGUUUCCUCGUGUGAUUCUUCAUUUGCAUGAGGAUGCUGUGACAAAGAACCAAUUUUAGACGCUCAGUCAAAGACACUUAAGCAUGAUUACAUUUCCCACCUGGUGAAAUUUGUACAGUUACUAUCAAAUUCAGAGGCACUACAGUGCAAAAGUUUUUCCAGAGAAUGAGUGAACCCUUAGUGGAAUAUCCCCUGGUAUUCCCCAUGUUAAUUUAAAAAAUAAAAAAAGUUUUUCAGCUUUUUGAGAAUUUAAGUCAGAAGGACAUGGUAAAAAAAAAAAAAAAAAUCCCCACUAUCUUCUCAUCACUGAAGAAUGUUUGUUUGGAGAAACUGGGAGUCGUUUAUUUAGCUGUAUCACCAUGACUGGCUGUGAAAACAUUUGGUACAGAAGGGAUGUUUCCAUGUUAGACUUAGGAAUCCUCAUGGACUUGAAGCCUACUUUAAAGGGAAACUGUAAAAAAGAACAGAGCAGGAUGGAUGUCAAAGGUCCCAAACAUGACACUUUGUACCCCGAGUUUCCUACAAUACUUUGUUUGAGAUGAGAAUAAAAGAUUGAAAUAUUUGGGAA